GAGAGCGAGAGCCCGCGCGCGCGCCAUGUUUCCUGCGGCGGGCAAGGGCGAGCGAAGAAGUCUGCGCGGAAGCGCGCGGCUCUCGUCCAAGAUGUCGGGAAGACUGUCCCGGUUGCGUGCACUGCGGCCGCGGCCGCAGCAGCAGAGGCGCGCGAGAACGGAGCCCGUCGCCGUCAGCCCCGCGACGACGACGACGCGGCCGGAAGGUAACCUUAAAGGGGCCGCGGCGAGUCACGAGGUGGAGCGCGAUGCGAGGAGAAGAUACGACGCGUGGAAGGGCGAAGAUACUCCGGGCGCCGCUCUGAACAAAGCGGCCGAGAUGGACGGGGGUGACAAGGACGACGAGCUGACGAUGACCGCCAUCGACGAGCAGAAGCAGGAGGAGGAGGAGGAAGAGGAGGAGGAGGAGGAGGAAGCGAUGCUGGACGGCGGCGACGUUGAAGUUGACGUCGACGUCGACGUCGACGUCGCCGUCGCGGUGAAUGCCGAGGGUUCGGCCGACGGCGAGGCGGCGGUCGAGCAGGCGUCUUACGAGUGCAAGACCUGUAAACCGUCGAGAACGCUGCCGAGUAUCAAGGCCUACUUCGAGCACCUGCGAAAGCAGCACGGAUACAAGGGCAAAAACGGGCACAGUCCAGUCGAAAAUCGUUGCCCUGCGUGUUCGUAUGUCGCAUUGAACGUGAAAGAUCUUGAAAAUCACCAAAGGGUGCAUCAUUUGAAAAGAAAAUUCUUUCGAUGCGCAAAAUGCGAUUACGUGACGCACAUCAGAGCGCGUUAUACUAAGCAUGUUAAAUAUCAUUCUAUGCCGAUGAUCAAGUGCGAUGCUUGUGAUUUUAGUUCAGCGUAUAAGUGGAAUCUAGAAAGACACAUGCGGAAUCACGGAGGUGGAGGUGCUUUCAAAUGUCGUGCAUGUAAUUUUACCGCUGAUAUCCGUCAGAGCUUAACGGUGCAUGAGUCGUAUCAUCAUGACCCACCUGUGGGUCAAGUCAACCGCAAAAGUAAUAACGCUUUCGAACGUAAGCCACGAAAUAGUCCAAAGCGUUACAAUCAGGUUGGAGCCAGCGACUUUCGAGAGGCGCUGAGCAAGGGUGGCGGAAGUACAACCACGUCGGCCGGUUCUUCCGACUCGUUCGUAUCAGAUCACUCGUUAAUCUCGAUAGACGAUAAGAAAAAUGCGGCUUGCAUCGAGCUUAAGUGCGAGAAGAAGGGCUGCGAAUUCUCAACCGCCUGGAAUUCCGAGAUGCAGCAACAUUUAGCGGAAUGUCACGCGCCGGUCGUUCCGUCGAAGCCGAGAAAGCCGCUGCCGAUGUUGAUUCCGCUGAGCCUGGCGGGCUCCAAGUCCAAUAACGCGCACAACAGUAGUAGUAGUAGUAGUAGCAGCAGUAGUAGCGGGCCGCCUACGACCCUGCUCAAGGUCCCGCGUGUCAGAGUGAGACCUGAGCUGGCGCAAAUCGCGAGAGACACGGAGCUGGCUAAGAUAAGCAAGGAGGCCGUGAGUUUGAGGAGGAAUCUCCACGCGGCUGGUGUAUUUGAGAGAAAGAACGCUUCCUUCUUCGAUAAACUGAAGGAGAAGCUAACGACGACCGCGACGUCGAUUAAUAACGGUGUGCCGGAGGUAGCUGUAAGUAGCGAAAACGACUUGAAAUGCUGGUGUACGUUUAAAGCUGGUAGCAUGGAAGAGCUAGCUUGCCACAGACAGACACACCACACCGCGCUCAGCGUGUCCGUGGGCACGACACGUUGCCCUAAGUGUAGAAGACGUUGCAAGAGUACGACCGAUCUCCAAACGCAUAUGCAAUCCUGCCACUCGCGCAACGACGCUACGCCGUCCGUCGAUAGUAGUUUAGAGAAAGUAACGAAUCGCUCAGACGUCCGCAUGACCUCGUACCGCGACGAAUGCUCUUUUUCGCCGCAGCUGGAUUGGGACGCGAAUGUCAGAGGACUAAAUUCUUCUGGAUCCUCGUUCGAAGGUGGUCCGACACAUCCGGGCGGACGGCGGGUAUUCAAAUGUCCCCAUUGUCCGUUUUGGGCUUCCACCGCAAGUCGCUUUCACGUACAUAUAGUCGGUCAUUUAAACCGGAAGCCGUUCGAGUGUUCAAUGUGCGCGUAUCGUUCUAACUGGCGAUGGGACAUCACAAAACAUAUUAAGCUUAAAGCGGCUAAAGACGCAGUGCAUACGAGCGCCAGAGUGCUCAUGACGGAUGAGACAGGUCGACGGAAUUAUUCCAAAUAUAACAAAUACCUCGCACAGGUAGAACAGCAAUCGUGGGACGAGGAUCGUAUGGAGCAGCGUAGCAUAGAGGAAACCAAUUCCGAUGAGUCGUCGACCAAGUUGUUGAUCGUGGGCAACAAGGAGUACGUUCCGAUCGCUGGCCCGGCCCCGCAGUCCGCUGUCACGAUUUUACCUUCGAGCGAGGCGAGUCAGAACAGUCACGGUGUAGACAUGAGUCUGCGACCACCGCCCCCGCUUAAAGCGGCGAUCAGAAAUCGCGGGCAGUCUCUGUUGAAGACCAGUCCUAUCACGAUGCACAUUACCACCCCUAGCGGUGGCGGCGCGGUCUCCAUAUCCCCAGCGGUGGACGAGAGUAAACGCACUCAGUGGAAGUGUAAACGCUGUGAUUACCGAGACACCAACAAGAGCAUGGUGAUGUUACAUGUCAAGACUCACAAACCUACCGAUCACGAGUUCAUGGAGGAAAGGAAUCCGUUUGGCUGCGGGGAUUGUCCGUUUUCGGCAUCGGAUGCUGCCACGCUGUCCCUUCACAGGAUGCACCAUCGGCCGAACUUCGAAGCUAUAUUUAAAUGCUAUCUUUGUCCAUACUACGUUAGUACAAAGGCAGAACUGUUGGAACACGCUAGGCUCCACGGGGAAGAGCUGGCAGCUAUACAUCAGCAAAACGUAGAUUUCCAGUUUUCAAACUCCAAGAAUCAACUGCACCAGGUGUCGAUUACCGAGGGCGGCGUUUCUCGAACGAAAGACGAGUCCAUAGAACAAGUGAUUCAUAUAACGUCGCGUGUCAACAACGUAACGGCGACUUCGAAAACAGCGGCAGCUCAGCAACCACCACCCCCACCACCCUCGCUUCUUUUGGAUACCCGAUCCCUUCCAAAUGCCCCACUUGUUUGGGUGUCACGGCUAGAUGGUACACUGACGAAGAUGCUCAAGUGUCGCCAUUGUCCAUACAUUUCGUCGCGGCACGCAGAAGUGCGCGAUCACGAGACGAUGCACGUGGAUGUGCCGACUCAGGGUCCCCUGAUCGCCUGCACGGACUGUAGCUUCACCUGCUCGCAGCGGGAGGUCAUGAUCGCGCAUACAGAGAUGCACGCGGGCUCUCUGGGUACCAUACACUGUCUCGUCGACGAGACGCGACCUGAUGCUCAACAGGUGAACGAUCUGACCACACUGCUUGACAUGACGCACAACCCCGUGCUGGGCUCUGAACCCGAUCUACAAGACUCGCGUCUGGUGCACUGCUGCGGUAAGUGCCCGGCACGGUUUCUGUGCGAGAAAGAGCUGCGUAUCCACCUGCGUUACCAUACCACGGAGCUGGCGUAUUCAUGCCAAUGGUGCUCGUACGCAGCGCGGCAGCAGGCACAUCUCCUGGCGCAUCAGAAGGCGCACUCGACGGAGUAUCAGGACCGCACCAAGUACCUGCUGUCCGUGUACGGUCACUCGCAGCGUUACCCACCGCCCGCAACAGCAUGCGUCGAGGCGGAAAAUCGGGAGAACAAUGACGACGCGCCGAGCGUCGCGUGGAUUGUCGUCGAGAUCAACGAGAACGCGAAUGUCUCGUACAGCGCGAUCAACGGCACCACGGCGACCGUUCAGAGAACGGUGUUUACGUGUGCCAAGUGUCCGGCUCGUUACUUCAAACUGGAUGCGUUGGAGUACCACAUGACGUUGCACGGUUCGAAUAACCGGUUCAAGUGCAACGACUGCGAUUAUUCAUCCAAAACGGCACAGAAUCUGUUGAAGCAUCAAGUGGUACACCGACGGCACAACGAAACUAGCGAGGUGACCGCGGAGCUGGCGUCCAACACCGCCGCUCCCGUCGACUCCGCUCUCGCGACGUCUUCUCCCGAAUCGCCGCUGCAGUCCGGGUCCGCGACACUGGAUCCGCAAUUUGGUAUCUUUAUGCGUGGAAAUCCCAACUUUGUUUAUCCGGGUUACCUGAGGAAUGGCCGUUUGAAGGAAAAGCGCUACAAGUGUCACAAAUGUCCGUCCGCUUUUGAGAAGCGCGAACAGUACCGGGUUCAUCUGACCCUGCACGGCGCGAAGCAGCGCUAUCGCUGCGACACGUGCGACUACUCGGUCAAAUACUAUGCGAAUUACGUACAGCAUCUGAGGAAGCACCAGGCGAACGCGGAAGCACAGGCAUCUCGCAGGCAAUACGAGGACGAUCGGAUCUCGGUCGAUAGCGACAGCAUCACCGACAUGGCCGCGCCAACGUCGUCGCGCAAGUCCUCGCGAUCCUCCGCUGCCGCUGUUAACAUGCUCGCAUUGUCUUCCGCCAACAAUGCGUCCAAUGUCAAUAACGCGCUGCAGCCGUCCAAUCAGGAUAGGCAGAGUUUGCUGCUGAUGCAAAAGAAGGGCAUAAUCUCGUCAACGGGCGAGACCGACGCGGAGAGGAUCCGCUGCCAGAGCUGUCCGUUCUCCACCACCGACAAGGACGUCAUGGAUACGCAUAAGCGUCGCCACGGCAUCGAGCGUAUGACGCCGUCGUGCCCGCAUUGCGACUACAUUCCGCGGAAAGACGAGAACAUCAACGAGCACAUCAAGCUACACUUCACGAGACUGUACAAGCCCGAGUCCUAUCUCAUCGUCGAGCUGCUGACGCUGACGAUGGAGAAGGUAUCCACGAACAGCAAGAACGACAAGGGCAGUCAGCGGUUGCAGGAGGUGUUGUUCAAAGAAUGCUCCGACGGUAGAUUCCUGCCGCUCACCGAAUCGAUCAACUCUUUUUCCCUAGGUACCUCCUCCACAUCAACGAAGGCUACUAAGGAGAAGGUCACUGUAGAUCCAAACACGGGCGAGACCAAACACCAUCGUUUUGCCACGUAAAUCGAACCUUUACCUUUAGCGAUUUGUGUCAGCCACAAAUACAACGUGUUUAUAUGCCUUUUUCUAUGUAAGAGACUGGUUCGAAAUUGUGGCAGACAACGUAGUUGAUCUCGCGAACGAUUAUAGAAUUAUAUAAUGCGCAUUGUAAAAAUCGGCGAUCUUGUUUUCGUUUAUAGUUAACGGAGGUUAUCAGAAUUGCACAUCUUAUUUCUAGAAGUUUAAAUAAAAGAGUAUGUAUACAUACAAAGAUUCGCCUUUUUCGAUGGCAAUGCAUACGCGGCGUGCUUUGUCCGAUUGCAUUCGCUUCUGAUUUUUUAUGCAUUUCAUCACUGAUUAGUGUUCAGUAACUUGGACUGACAAUGUGUGUGUGAGCAUACUCUAUGCCAAGUUAAUACAUUGUACGUACGCCAUAUUUUGUUAAUACGUUGGCUAACGAUGGGCACAAGACGAAUCUAAUCGCUUCUAAAAUAUGAAAAUUGUGAAAAUUUUUAAUAAUUUCACAUACUGAAGAACCAAAAAUGAGUGUACAGCUUUAGUAAUUGAACACUUUCAUGAUCAUUGGAAGCUUCACAGGUUUUACUGACACAAGUCCUUAAAAAGGUGACUUGAUAAUGUAACAUGCAUUCUGUUAUCGGAAAAAAACAGAUUAACAAAAAGACAAAAAUUUGAUUUAGUCGUGGAAGACUUAAAAUGACUUAAGUAUCUACAAAUCUCAAGAAUGAUUCAAAUUUAAGUUUUUUUAUAAGUAUUUUUAUAAAAUGUGAAUAUACUUUGAAAUUCAAUGAUGAUAAAUCUUCACGUUGGCUCUAUACAGUAUGACAAUAUUAUGCCACAAUCAAAAAUUAACUAAUUGAUUUCUUAGGUAUAUAACAUUUUCAGAUAUUUGCUUCUUUGAACAUUCGAAGCAGUGCAAAGUGUGUGGGUGCAUAUAUAUAUAUAUAUAUAUAUAUAUAU